UCUUGUCUGCCUGCCCACGGGAGCCCCUUCCAGGGCAGCUCUGGGCACGCAGGGUCCCGCCUUGCUGGCUUGAUCGCCUACCUGGCAGGGAAGGAGGAGGGGCAGGCCUGGGAGCACCGCCAGGCCAGGAGCAGGGCUGUGUGUCUGUCCAGCCUUCUGCUGCCGCCACCGCCUGAGCCCCCUCCUGGCCCACCCGCCUUCCUCCUGCUUGGCGGGCCGGUCCAGCUGUGUUCCAUUAGCGGGCCUGGCAGGCCCCCAGUCCCCUGGAACCACCCCCUCUCCCCCCACCCAGCGUGGCCUGCAGUCUGGAGCAGGCAAGCACGGAACAGCACUCAGCGGCGGGAGAACUCGGGACCCGGGAAGCUGCGGACCUGCCGCCUGGAGAGACCGAGGGCCCAGGAGGGGCUGAGGAACCCCAGCCCUGCUUCCUCUGGCUGGCGUGCCCUGGGCUACCCAGAUCGCUCAGUGAGGUGGGGGAACCCCCAGCCACGGGUGCUGCAGCUGUGGCCGACCUCUCUGGACCAGGAUGUGGGCAUCUUGGGCUCCCAGCCUGUGGCUGCUCUGUGUCUGGGCCACCUGCAGCCAUGGGGCAGAUACAGGUGAGCAGUGCCCGCCUUCGCAGCAAGAAGGACUCAAGUUGGAACAUAGCAGCAACUUAUCAGCCAACAUGACAGGCUUCAACCUCAUCCACCGCCUCAGCCUCAUGAAGACAUCCGCCGUCAAGAAGAUCCGCAACCCCAAGGGGCCUCUCAUUCUGCGGUUGGGGGCAGCCCCGCUGACCCAGCCCACAUGGCAGGUGUUCCCCCGGGGCCUCCCGGAUGAGUUUGCACUGGUGCUGACACUACUAAUGAAGCGCACCCACCAGAACGCGUGGUAUUUGUUUCAAGUGACCGAUGGAGAUGGGUACCCGCAGAUUUCCCUGGAAGUCAACAGCCAAGAGCAGUGCCUGGAGCUCCGGGCCCGGGGUCAAGAUGGCGACUUUGUCUCCUGCAUCUUCCCAGUGCCCCAGCUCUUUGACCUGCGAUGGCACAAGCUGAUGCUGAGUGUGGCUGGGCGCGUGGCCUCCCUGCAUGUGGAUUGCACCUCCGCUUCCUCCCAGCCUCUGGGGCCCCGGCGACCCCUGAGGCCUGUGGGCCACAUAUUUCUGGGCAUGGAUGCUGAGCGGGGCCAGCCCAUCUCAUUUGACCUCCAGCAGGCGCACAUCUACUGUGACCCGGAGCUUGUGCUGGAGGAGGGCUGCUGUGAGAUUUCACCACGAGGGUGCCCCCCAGAGACCUCCAAGUCCCGCCGGGAUACCCAGAGCAACGAGCUUAUCGAGAUCAACCCACAGGCUGAGGGCAAGGUCUACACCCGCUGCUUUUGCCUGGAGGAACCCCAAAACAGCAAGGUGGAUGCCCAGCGGUCGGGAAGAAUCAGCCAGAAGGGAGAAAGGGAAACAAAGGCCCAUCAGGAGGCAGUGGCCAAUGAGUGCCCGCCCUGUGCCCUUGGUGCCCAGGAGAGCAAUGUCACACUUGGCCCCUCUGGCUCCAAGGGAGAGAAAGGCGAGCGGGGCCUGCGUGGCUCCUCAGGCCCUAAGGGCGAGAAGGGAGCUCGGGGCAAUGACUGUGUCCGAAUCUCACCAGAUGCCCCGCUGCAGUGUGCAGAAGGCCCGAAGGGAGAGAAGGGGGCGUCAGGAGCCUCGGGACCCUCAGGACUCCCAGGCUCAACAGGCCAGAAGGGCCAGAAAGGCGAGAAGGGAGACGAAGGCCUCAAGGGCUCGCUGGGGAGGCCAGGCCGAGAUGGCCGGCCAGGAGAGAUCUGUGUCAUGGGGCCCAAAGGGCAGAAGGGCGACCCUGGCUUUGUCGGACCUGAGGGGCUGGCAGGAGAGCCUGGGCCCCCCGGCCUUCCUGGGCCCCCUGGAAUAGGUCUGCGUGGGAUUCCAGGGGACCCAGGUGGCCCAUCAGGCCCUAAGGGAGACAAGGGCAGCUCCGGGACUCCAGGAAAGGAAGGUCCUGGUGGGAAACCUGGGAAGCCUGGGUUGCCGGGGCUGAAGGGAGAGAAGGGUGACCCUUGUGAAGUGUGUCCAGCGCUGCCUGAAGGGUUCCAGAACUUUGUGGGGCUGCCUGGAAAGCCAGGGCCCAAGGGGGAACCAGGUGAUCCUGCACCAACCAAGGAGGGCCUGGGAACUGUCCGACAAAAAGGUGACCGGGGAGACCCUGGUAUCCAAGGCAUCAAAGGAGAGAAGGGGGAGCCCUGCUUGUCCUGCAGCUCAGCUGUGGGGGCCCAGCACCUCAGGCCCUCUACAGGGGGCAAAGGAGAUGUGGGCUCUCCUGGCUUUGGUUUGCCUGGUCUUCUGGGGAAAGUUGGGGCUCCAGGGCCAACAGGGCUGAAAGGAGAGAAGGGUAAUAUUGGAGAGGCAGGGCCAGCCGGCAGUCCAGGGUUACCAGGGUCAGUGGGACCAGCAGGCAUCAAAGGAGAGAAGGGGGAGCCUUGCGAGCCCUGCCUAGCCCUGUCUGAGCUUCAGGAUGGUGGCAGCCGAGUGAUGGCCCUGCCUGGCCCGCCUGGAGAGAAGGGGGAGCCCGGGCCUCCAAGUUUUGGCCUACCAGGAAAACCGGGCAAGGCUGGAGAGUAUGGACCAAAGGGGCAGAAGGGUGAUGCUGGGAAUCCUGGAGACCCGGGAACACCAGGCACCACGGGGCAGCCGGGACUGUCGGGAGAGCCUGGGGUCCGGGGUCCUGCAGGGCCGAAAGGAGAAAAGGGUGAUGGUUGCACUGCCUGCCCCAGCCUGCAGGGGGCACUGACUGACAUGGCGGGACUGCCUGGGAAGCGAGGCCCCAAAGGAGACCAGGGCCCUGAAGGCGUGGGCCGGCCUGGUAAACCCGGCAAGACUGGUCUCCCAGGAGUUCCAGGGCCCCCAGGACUGAAGGGGGUACAGGGAGAGCCAGGACCUCCAGGAAUGGCAGUCCAAGGGUCCCAGGGGGAGCCUGGAGCCCAGGGUUUGCCUGGCAUUCAGGGACUUCCAGGACCUCAGGGACCACCCGGCCCCACUGGAGAGAAGGGUGCCAAGGGAUCUCCAGGAGUGAAAGGAGCCAUGGGCCCUGCGGGACCUCCUGGUGCCAGUGUCUCUGGGCCUCCGGGCCAUGAAGGGCAGCAAGGACAGACCGGGGUUCCAGGAGCCAGAGGAGUGACGGGUGAAAAGGGAUCUCAGGGAGAGAAGGGUGAACCAGGGGAGUGCUCCUGCCCCUCUCGAGGAGACCCCAUCUUCUCUGGCAUGCCGGGUGCUCCCGGACUUUGGAUGGGCACCUCCUGGCAGCCGGGCCCGCAGGGACCCCCAGGUGUUCCCGGACCCCCAGGGCCCCCUGGAAUGCCUGGGCUGCAGGGAGUGCCUGGAAACAACGGUUUGCCAGGGGAGCCGGGGCUAACUGCAGAACUGGGAUCCUUACCAAUCGAACAGCACCUCCUUAAGAGCCUCUGCGGGGACUGUGCCCAGGGGCAGAUGGCCCGCCCAGUGUCCAUCCUGGAGAAAGGAGAGAAGGGGGACCAGGGCAUCCCCGGUGUGCCGGGCCUCGACAGCUGUGCCCGGUGCCUCACAGAGCGGGAGCGCCCCAGAGCCGAGGAGGCCCGCGGAGACAACAACGAGGGAGAGCUAAACUGUGCCGGGAGCCCCGGGCUGCCUGGUCCUCCGGGACUGCCAGGCCAGAGAGGAGAAGAGGGUCCGCCUGGCAUGAGGGGCUCCCCAGGUCCCCCAGGCCCUAUUGGCCCCCCAGGUUUUCCUGGUGCUGUUGGCUCCCCUGGAUUGCCUGGUCUUCAAGGAGAGCGAGGCCUCAGGGGCCUGACAGGAGACAAGGGGGAGCCGGGUCCUCCAGGGCAACCUGGUUACCCAGGCGCCGUGGGCCCUCCAGGACUGCCUGGCAUCAAGGGGGAGCGUGGCUACCCGGGGCCUGCGGGAGAGAAGGGAGAAUCGGGCCCACCAGGAUCUGAAGGCCUCCCAGGUCCCAUAGGCCCAGCGGGUCCCCGAGGAGAGCGAGGACCCCAAGGAAACUCGGGUGAGAAGGGUGACCAGGGAUUUCAAGGCCAGCCAGGCUUUCCAGGCCCACCGGGUCCCCCUGGAUUCCCAGGCAAAGCUGGAGCACCUGGCCCACCCGGUCCCCAGGCGGAGAAGGGCAGUGAGGGGAUUCGCGGCCCAUCAGGCAUGCCUGGUCCCCCUGGGCCACCAGGACCUCCCGGCAUUCAGGGCCCCACUGGACUGGAUGGUCUGGAUGGGAAGGACGGCAAGCCUGGCUUGAGGGGGGACCCCGGUCCUGCUGGACCCCCCGGAAUCAUGGGACCCCCGGGUUUCAAAGGGAAAACAGGACAUCCUGGCCUCCCAGGACCUAAGGGUGACUGUGGCAAACCGGGUCCCCCUGGCAGCAGUGGCCGGCCUGGAGCGGAGGGUGAGCCUGGUGCCAUGGGACCCCAGGGAAGACCCGGUCCACCUGGCCAUCUUGGGCCACCAGGACCUCCAGGUCAGCCAGGUCCGGCUGGGAUCUCUGCAGUGGGCCUGAAAGGAGACAGGGGAGCCACUGGAGAAAGAGGCCUUGUAGGCCUUCCAGGCCAGCCCGGCCCACCCGGACACCCUGGCCCCCCGGGUGAACCAGGCAUGGAUGGGGCAGCUGGCAAAGAGGGACCACCAGGAAAACAGGGACUCUAUGGACUUCCUGGUACAAAGGGCGAUGUGGGACCUGCAGGACAGAAGGGCCAGGCAGGAGAGAAGGGGAGAGCUGGCAUGCCUGGGGGACCUGGCAAGAGUGGCUCCAUGGGGCCUGUGGGGCCACCGGGUCCCGCUGGAGAGAGAGGCCACCCUGGAUCUCCGGGGCCUGCGGGGAGCCCUGGAUUGCCUGGUGUUCCAGGCUCCAUGGGAGACUUGGUGAAUUAUGAUGAAAUCAAGAGGUUCAUCCGACAAGAGAUCAUUAAAAUGUUUGAUGAGAGGAUGGCCUACUACACCUCUAGGAUGCAGUUCCCCGUGGAGAUGGCGGCGGCUCCAGGACGGCCAGGGCUCCCAGGGAAGGACGGUUCUCCCGGCCGGCCAGGUGCCCCAGGAUCACCUGGGCUCCCCGGACAGAUAGGCAGAGAAGGACGGCAGGGCGUGCCAGGAAUGAGAGGACUGCCCGGGACCAAAGGUGAAAAGGGAGACAUUGGCGUUGGCAUCGCAGGGGAAAGUGGUCUCCCCGGCCCCCCAGGUCCACAAGGUCCUCCAGGAUAUGGCAAGAUUGGCCCAACUGGACCCAUGGGCCAGCAAGGCAUUCCCGGCAUCCCUGGCCCCCCAGGCCCCACGGGCCAGCCAGGCAAGACUGGCCACUGCAGCCCCUCCGACUGCUUUGGGGCCAUGCCAAUGGAGGAGCAGUACCCGCCCAUGAAGAACAUGAAGGGGCCUUUUGGCUGAAAUAACCAUCUGCUGUCAGAUGAAGGACUCCACUGGGAACAAAUGGCCAAAGCUUUCAGGACUCUGUGAUGGAUUGUGAAUGUUUGUUUGUCUGUCUGUUUGUUUUUUUUUAAUUACUGUUAAUAUUUUUUUAACAAUUAAAAAAAGAAACAAAAACUA